AAUACCUUGAAAGCACCAGUUAAUGAGAAUUACCGCGAUGCCUCGAGUCAGAAUAUAAAUAGACGCGACUACUCGAUUUAUUUUAUUUGAGUCUAGUCACUCGCAGGCACUUCAUCGGGUUAAUUAACUUUUCGGGUACUUGCAUAAUCCAAGUGUUCAAAUUUCAAAGUCCAAUUUCGAAAUGGAAUUACAACACGGGAGUUUUUAUUUUGAAAAGAGCUCUGUGGAGGCAGAGGAGAUUGAUACGAUCAAUUCUCUCCCUGACGAUUGUUUGAGAGAGAUUUUCCGAAGGCUUCCAAUUUAUCAGAGACUCGAGAUCGAAAAAGUGUGCAAGCGAUGGAAAAAUAUCGCCGAAACAUCUUGGCACGACCUAAAACACCUGCCCUUUCUCCGAUUUUCCAACGGCAAAAUGGACUCUAAAACAAUUAACGAAGUGCAGAAGAAUCCGAAUUUGAUAAAAAAAAUUGUCAAACGCUGCGGGCACUUCUUGAAAGAAUUAAAAGUAGCAACACCAUGUGAUCCCGAUGUUCUAUCAAAAGCAGUGAAUGUCUGUCCAAAUUUAAAUAAAUUAACAAUCGACGUUGGAAAUAUCGAGUGCAGGACGUCCCGUUGUAAUAAAAAAUACUUUCUCCGUAAAUUUGACUUGAAUCUCGAGAGGUUCAUGAAACUCAAUUAUUUGUCUUUGAAACGUUUCUCGUCAGAAAGUAAUUUACUGAAAUCCAUAGUAGCGAAUCAAAAGUCUCUCACCCAUUUGUCCCUGUUUUAUUGCAAAAUAGACUCUGAAAAUCUCGAGCUAAUUACACGACUGAUUAAUUUAGAAGCACUUCAAGUAACUCAUAGCAUCAUUGACGAUAAUUGGCUCCGAAAAUUGAUAGACAACUGCAGAAAAAUUCGACAUUUAGAUUUAAGUCAUUCAACAUUCCUGACUGAUUCUAGUGCCCUCCAUCUCGAGGAACUGAGGAAUUUGGAGAGUUUGUCCAUUCAAGCUAGUAGAAAAAUCACUGACAGAUCUUUAAUGAAUUUGUAUAGAUUGAGAGAAUUAAAUUGCAGUCAUUGCGAGAGAAUUCAAGACCCUGGUGUUGUAAAAUUAAUCAGGAAUACUAAUCUCACGUUUCUCAAUGUUUUCAACACGAGAAUCACGACGAGAACUGUGACAGAAGCUUACGUUAAAUGGCUGACGAUGGGAGAAAAGGCUAAAGAGAUAUUCAGAAUAGCUGUGUGUGUUUCAGUUCAAUCGAGCUGUAGAAAUUUUCGAGAAGCCUUUUUACCCCUCGACAGAGAGACAACUCGUUAUGAAAAUAUUUCAAUUUUUAAUUAAUUCCGUUCUACACCCGAAAAAGACAAUUCUCAUUAAUGAAUUUAUCAAAUUCAUAAUGUUCU